AUGGCAACCAUCAAUAUCCGCCGGGAUGUCACCGAUCCCUUCUACCGUUACAAGAUGGAACGCUUGCAGUCCAAGAUUGAAGGCAAAGGAAACGGGAUCAAGACCGUCGUCGCCAAUCUCCCAAGUGUAUCUGCCUCCUUGGCCCGUCCUCCCGCCUAUGUGAUCAAGUACUUCGGUUUCGAGCUUGGAGCUCAGACAAACACCAACCCCAAGGACGAUCGCUGGAUCAUCAAUGGAGCACACGAAUCAAGCAAGCUGCAAGACUCCUUGGAUGGCUUCAUCUCCAAGUUCGUCUUGUGCAAGUCCUGCAAGAACCCCGAGACCACCAUCAAUGUCAAGGACGGUCGAAUCUUGUUAGACUGCAAGGCUUGCGGUCAACGCACUGAAGUCGAUGUGCGCCACAAAUUGAGCGGAUUCAUCCUCAAGAACGAACCGAAGGGUGGAAAGAAAACCAAGAAGGAGAAGCUGACGCGUCGUGAACGGGCAAAGGCUGAGAGUCAAGAAAACGGCUCUGUCAACGGUGCCAGUCCGCACGACUCCAACUCCGACAAGGGUGAUGCCGAAGAGGGCGACCUUGAGCUGGCUGCUGGUAGCGACGACGAAUUCACUAAGCAGAUCACCGCCGAAGCCACCCGCAUCGCAGCGAAAACUAAUGGCGACAUCAAGGAUGAUGAAUGGGCUAUCGACACCUCGGCCGAAGCCAUUGCCGCUCGUGCCAAAGAGCUGCCUACCGACCUGAAGCGCUCUCUCGCUUUCGACGAGGACGAAGAGGGUGAGGAGGGUGGCAUCAGCGCCUACGACCAGCUUGGGACAUGGAUCAUCGAUGAAACUAAAGCCAGAGGAUCGGUCAACAAAGUCGAGGAUGUUGAAAUCUACAAGAAGGCCAAAGAAUUGGGCAUUGAGACCAAGCACAAGACAUUGACUGUUCUGGCUCAGACCAUUUUUGACGAGAACAUUGUCAAGCAGAUUCCUGCCCGUGCCGAGAUGCUCAGAGCCAUGAUCGGCGAGUCCGAGAAACACAUGAGGGCUUUCCUUGGAGGCACUGAGCGAUUCAUUGGCAACGAUCAUCCUGAGCUGAUCUCUCAAGUGCCAGCGAUUCUUAUGGGGUACUACCAGAACGACCUUCUGAGCGAGGAAGUGGCCAAGGCAUGGGGCGGCAAGUCCAGCAGGAAAUACGUCGACAUUGCCACCAGCCGAAAGGUUCGCCAGGCUGCCGAGAAAUUCUUGCAAUGGCUCGACGAGGCUGAGAGCGAUGACGAGAGUGAAGACGAGAGUGGUGAAGAAUAG